CUACACUUUUCAAUUUGUAGGCGGUGUUAGUCACCAGUUGUGUUUAUAUAACCAACAUGAUGCAGCUACUCACAUAUACAAGUGAGCUCUCACUGACGUUAAUGACAGUAACGGUUAAGAAACUGAAAAUAAAAAUGAACUGUAUAAGCGGUGUUAUUGUUGCGUUAUGCUUUGUCUUACAAUGUUCAACAGGAGUACCGAUUGACAAAGGCAAAUAUAUUACCAAGGAGGGUGUCGCAGAUAAGAUAAUUGAGCUAAGUCAAGAGAUUGAAGCACUUCGAAAGCGGGUGGUAAAUCUGGAAGUAAACAUGGCAGCAGAAAUUAAAGUUGACUUGACAGUGCCAGAUGCAAAUAUACAAAGUAAUCAUUACAGACGAAAAAGAGCAAGUAGAAGAAGACGCCGACCCGAAGUUGCAUUCCAAGCCACUCUGACAAAACCGUCGGCAACAUUUAAAAUAUUAGACGCUAUCAAUUUCAAUAACGUUGUCACAAACAUAGGUAAUGCAUACAACGAACAAACUGGUAUUUUCACUGCUCCUACAUCUGGAACUUACAUGUUUAAUACAAAUAUUGUAGCAGGAGUAGGACAUUAUGUUGAAGCGAGUAUCAAAGUGAAUGACAGAGUGAUUGUCUCUGCAAUAAGUGAUCACAGAGUGUCGGAUGAUAAAAAUAGUUUGGCAGUUUGGGACCAAGGAAAUGCUUCAUCUAUUAUAAGACUUAAGAAAGGCGACAAAGUUGUUGUUUCCAUUCAAUGGCCACAGAAAAACAUUGUUAUUCAUGGUAUGGGAAAAUCAAGUUUUUCUGGAUAUCUAUUAAGGGCAUAUAACUUAAUGGUGUGAUUUUCAAAAUUGCAAAAAAAAAGAUUUUAGUAAGUGUGGAUAUCGUGGCUUGCAAGGAAAAAUUAUCAAAUAAUGAUGCCUUUGUGAAAUAAUGUCUUUUUCAGACACUUAUAGUCACGAACGUUUACUCUAAUCUGAAGGCAACAUGCUAUAUACAAAAACAUCAACAAUAAGAAAAAAAGUACAAGUAAUAGAAAAACAUAGUACAAAAAGUUUUAUAUCAUUUUUUUUAUUCUUUUUAUUUAUUUUUUACCCCUUACAAAAGUGUUGUGACAUUUCCAGAAGUGCUCUUUAAUUGCAAUAGUCAUAAAUUUUAUAUAUCUUUAUUAUAUUUUGUACUACUUAUUCAUACACUGAAUUAUAAAUUGCUUACUGCUUACUGCAUUAGAAAAGUAGCUUUGUUCUUUAUUUAACAGAAUAUAUAUAAUCUAUAUCCAAGCUUAUAUAUUUUUGUUGUGUUUAUUGUCUCAUUGCACAAUAUUCAUUUCAUAAAGUUUCUGAUUCACUUUCUUUUAUCAUUCAGUAAUAAUGUAAGUAGUAGGGAAUGUUAAAAUUAAAACUUUUCAUUUGUUGCAAACUUUUUUGCGUGAAGUCAACACAUUAACUUACAAAUUUAUUGUAAAUUGUGUAACGAAUAGUAAUACGCAGCUUCUUUGUAUUUUUCCUCCCCAGAAAGUAUAUACAAAAUAUGGAUUGUUUAAUCCGUUUCAAACUUCCUAUUUUCCCCUCCGUGACACAAUUUACCCUCUCCA